GUGACCUUAGCUAAGAUGGCGGGUGCUUGAAUUGCCCGGGAUAAGAAAAUGAUGGGACAACAAACAAUAAGUUUUCGUUGCUGAUACCGUGCAUGCAGAACUCCUUACCAUGCGACUUCUGAAGCCAAGUUGGGUCAACCAUGGCGGAAAACCAAUAUUUUCCGUGGACAUUCACCCAGAUGGAUCUCGUUUGGCUACUGGUGGUCAAGGAGAAGAUUCUGGAAAAGUGGCCAUUUGGAACAUGGGGCCUAUCAAAGAUGAAAGGGAAGAGAAAGAUGAAAAUAUUCCCAAGCUCCUGUGUCAGAUGGAUAAUCACCUAGCAUGUGUGAAUUGUGUUCGCUGGUCAAGCAGUGGGAAGUACCUAGCCUCUGCCGGAGACGACAAACUGGUGAUGGUCUGGCAGAUAUCAAAUUAUGCAGGAGGUACCAGUGUGUUCGGGUCUGGCAAGCAGAAUGUGGAGCAAUGGCGUCCAGCCAGUACACUGAGGGGCCACACUGGCGAUAUCUUGGACCUGUCCUGGUCGGGUAAUGAUGCGUGGCUGGCCACCUGCAGUGUAGACAAUACAGUCAUUGUGUGGAAUGCUGAGAAGUUCCCAGAACAGAUUGUCAUGCUGAAAGGACAUAAAGGGCUCGUGAAAGGUGUGACAUGGGAUCCAGUUGGCAAGUACCUAGCCUCACAGUCGGAUGACAGGAGUGUGCGGAUUUGGAGAACUAAAGACUGGCAGGAGGAGUCUGUGAUUACAGAACCAUUCCAGGAGUGUGGAGGCACCACUCACGUCCUGAGACUAAAUUGGUCACCAGAUGGUCAUUACAUUGUGUCUGCUCAUGCCAUGAACAACUCCGGACCUGUAGCACAAAUCAUUGAACGGGAUGGCUGGAAGUGUACCCUGGAUUUUGUGGGACAUCGCAAGGCCAUCACCUCUGUGAGGUUUAAUCCAAACAUAUUUUCAAAAAAAUUGAAAAAGUCGUCAGAAAAGGUGCAACAGUACACAUGUUGUGCGAUUGGAAGCCGAGACAAGUCCUUAUCAGUUUGGCUGACCUCAUUGAAAAGACCCCUGGUUGUUCUCCAUGACCUGUUUACCAAUUCUGUUUUGGACAUUACAUGGGGAAAGAAUGGGAUGGAGUUAGUGGCUGGGUCUUGUGAUGGAAGCAUUGCCUACGUUGACUUCAGCCCAGAGGAGAUUGGUGUAGCCCUAUCUCAAAAGGAGAUGAACAUGUUUCUGGAGAAAAUUUAUGGGAGAUGCUUAACAGCAAAAACUCAAGGUAACUCUGCAAAUCAGAUCAUAGAGUCGACUGCUCUACUAAAAUUACAACAGCAGCAGAGACAGAAACAGGAGGAAGAGAAAAAACAACAACUUCAACUGUCUAAACAGGAAACACCAGAGAAAAUGGAUACCUCUGGUAGUCGUUCGUCCUUGAUGAAUGGAUUAGAUGGACCAUUCAAGCCUAGAGACAAGCAGAUAGAGACAAAAACACCGGAUGGACGGCGAAGGAUCACCCCAAUAUUUCUAUGUCCCCAGCCAGAUGUCAGUGGCAGUGUGAUCCCUGCCCCCUAUAGUGCCAUAAGCAGUAGUAUCAAGUUCACUACAUCUAAAGACACGAGUAAGAUCCGUGUGGAGAAACAGAAUAUUGUAACACGACCAGGUCUUGCCUCACCGUCACCCAAGUCCAACCAGACAGCCAGUAUGUCCUCACCUCCGGCAGGCUCCACUCCAAAGUCUAGCAGCGAAGCCACACCAAAAUCUAGCAUCAGGGCAGAGUCGCCAAAACCUAUCAAUGCUUCCAUACAGCCAAUGGCAGCCCUUACCCCUGUGAAGGAAAGUGCUGACAAGCCUGAGAAGGUGAAAUCCAAGAAUCUUGUUAGUACACCUGAAAGACCUGAAAAGGACAGAGUCAAAGACAAGAUGAAGGGAGUCAAGCGUAAACAUGACGGUGUUCAUGGGGAGCGACUAGAGAGAAGGGGCCGACCACGCAAAGUUGACAAGGAGAGAGCUCUGGCUGCCCAAAUGUCUUCAGCUCCCGCAACACCACAUGUAGAGAAGGAAACAAUACGAUACGUAGCGACGACCUCUGACCUCAAACUUCCAACACCACCUGUAGAAAAGUCUUUCACCAAAUAUAUCUAUGGACGAGCUGCUGAUGAGAAGUCUUCAAUGUUGGAGGUAACAAAUGACAUUCCUCUGGGAACACACAAGGUUCAUCGCAUUCAGCUAGUGCAGGAUGGUGUCAGAGAAUGGGAGCAGGUUCACACUGCCCGAAUCCUGGCCAUGGAAGGCUCUAAGGAAGUGGUUUGUGCUGGCUGUGAGGAUGGAUCUGUACAUGUUUAUUCAGUCUCUGGGCGUCGCUUGGUGCCACAACUUGUCCUUAAUUCCCGAGUAGCAAGACUGUCCGUCAAUGGGCAUUUUGUGAUGGCAGUCUCUCAAAAAGGCAGCUUAUAUGUCUGGAAUAUGCAAACCAAAUCUGCUGUGAUAAAAGAUGUUAACCUUUCUUCAAUAAUGUCCGGAGAGGAUAAUAUUACAAGAGCAUCCAUGACUAAGGAUGGUGUUCCCAUGGUUACACUGUCUACCCACAAGUCUUAUACAUUCUCACCAGAUCUGGCAUGCUGGACACUGUUAUACAGUAAAGAUGAUCCACUACAGCAUUGCUCAGAUCACCAUAGCUACACUCCAGCCACCUCCAUACUGAGGACUCCAGGCCCACUGGCCUCACUACAGCCUUUACAGGACAGACUUGGAUCCCUUGCUGGGCGUGUACUGAGUUCAGGACACCACCUUCAGCAGACAGCCACCCUAAGUCACCUGGAGUCUCAGCUCACGGCCUGUGUGUCCCUACAGUCUGGAGCCGAGUACAAGUUCUGGCUACACACCUAUGUCCGCUACAUUGUCAAAGAAGGUUUAGAAACCAAGCUGAGGGAAGUGUGUGACGAGUUAUUAGGCCCUAUAUACAAAAGCAAGCGGAAAUCUUCCUGGAACUCGUGUGUCAUGGGUAUGGAUAAGAGAGAUAUACUACAGGAGAUUUUACCUUUAAUUGGUAAAAAUCUGAGCCUGCAGAGACUGUUCACAGAAUACCAGGAACAACUGGAUACCAUAGACAGGUGAACGAGGCAUUCCUCAGUAGAUGGAAAGAUACAACUAGGAUGUAUUCCUGUUUACCUGGAGAUCUAGCUAAAAUCACACUCCAAGAAAAAAGAACAUCAGAAGUAUUAAAACUUCUCUGUAAAGCUUUGGACUUCCUGCUAGAGUCUGCAAAGCCUUUUGAAGGAUUCAAAAGAUAAUUGUAUGCUACAAUGGAAUCUGAAGGAAAAGAGUUGUGAAAAAAAAUUACAAAUGUGUCAUGAAGCAUUUGUAAUACACAUCAACGUAUUGCAUACACAAUCAUUCAGGAUUAGUGAUACGGAUGCAAGGCACUCUUGUUAUGGUCAAGCUGAAGAACUGCAUCAAACAUCACAUACACAGUCAUUAGAGAUCAAUGCCAAGUACUUCAGGUUCAGACUAUAUCCAAACCAUUUAUGAUAGGUCCUCACAAGUGAAAUGUGAAUUUUUCUCUCAUUGCUCACAUGAUUUGGAAUAGAGGGACAAUUUUCACAAAAAUCUUAAUGUUGCAUACCAUAUCUUGAAUGUAAGCUAGGUUUUCUGGGAUUCGAAAUAAAUCAUAUAAUUUCAAUGAAAUCUGUACACGGUAACAGACUUACAAGGUUACAUAUGCCAGAGCAUAUUUGCAAGAAUUCUGGAUACAGCAGAUUUCGAAAGAUUCUAAACAGUGAGUGGAUUCUCUCAUCACCAAUUCAUUGCUUAGUUUCUCGCGUGAAAACCCCAGGGAAUUUCUACCGUGUAUUUAUUAAUACAGUUUAUGCGGUUCUGUAGUAUAGUAUGAAAGGAAGCUGAUUAACCCAUCUCAAGAUGUAUUGACCUAUGCAAGCAUAUUCUAGACAACUUGUGUUUAAGAAUUGUCCGUGUAAGACCGCCACUUUAGUUGAAGUGUCUAUUAUUUAUUAGUACAUUUUAAAAACUGCUGGUCGUGAUAUAUCUUACCUUGCUAUAAGAUUUGGGGUGUAUUUUAGAGAGGUGCUGAUUCCUAUAAGAUUUGGGGUGUAUUUUAGAGAGGUGCUGAUUCCUAUAAGAUUUGGGGUGUAUUUUAGAGAGGUGCUGAUUCCUAUAAGAUUUGGGGUGUAUUUUAGGGAGGUGCUGAUUCCUAUAUUCACUUGUUAUUCUGUCACUGCUAUAGCUUUACCCUUACAGUUAUCAUCUACACUCCGUAUGUCAUAGUAAAACAGGACUACUGUAGCCAACAGCAUUAAUAGCUGAUGUUUUGUUACAGAUAGUAAACGUUUACUGUGAAUGGACAUUAUGUGAUCCUGGUUCUUCACAUGAUUACCUAAUCUUUAGCUUUUAUCUACCAUGUGAUAAAAAUAGUGUUUUCCAACUUUCUGAUAGGAUAAUCCUAAGUAUUGCUUAAUGUACAUGUUAGAUAGAAUGAAUUACUCUGUAACUCUAUCAAUAUAUUUGUCAUCUCAUAAACCUGUCUUUUCCCAUAGCAACGUUGUUAUCAUUAUCUAAUUAACCAACCGUUCCCAGGGCAACAUCGUUAUCAUCAAUUCAUUACACAGUCAUUCAGAAACUUCUGUCAUUAUUUAUUAUCAAAUUUUUACAAAUAUUUCUUUCAAAAAUUAUUUGUCUAGCAGGAUAUCAUAUUUAGGAAGUGUUCAGUGUUUGAUAAUGUGGUAUAUGAAACACCAUAACAAUAUGAUACUUCUUCAUGUUCAUUUGAAGCGAUGUAUGGCUUGACAAGAGUCUUAGGAAAUAUAGUUUACCAGGAGGCAGCGACUUGAUCAGUACUAAACUUUCUGUCUUUUACUGAACCAUGUCAGAGUUAUGAACCGCUGUAAAACCAUCCCAAUUAUAGUAUUGUUGAGACCAAAGUUUCCUACAAUGUUUCAUUAGUGCCACCAGUGUAUUAUGGUUCAUGUUUGUGAAUAUGUGAGUGAGUAGUGUGUACAUGUAGAGUAUAUACAUGUAUAUGUGUGAGAGGUGCUGUGUCGGAGGGGUCAGUAAUGGAUGUGUGAGGGUGUCCCUGAUAGAGAAGGUUACCUCUGUAGAAGAGGGAAAUUAUCUGUCGUGCAGUGACAUGCAUCUAUCAGGUUUAUAAUGUGCUGUUUCCUCACUUGACUGUACUAGCUGCAUUAUAGUGCUGAGAUAUUGUUUCUUCUCAUUUCCUCCCUUACUCUCUUUCUCUACUAGGAAUUCUACCCUUUCUUUAAAUAAACUGGGGUUUGACCUGUGUAUAACAAAUGAUGGCCGGACACAGAACUACUCUUCCUCUAACCUACCAAACACAUACAGAACCUCUGUCCUACCAAACACAUACAGAACCUCUGUCCUACCAAACACAUACAGAACCUCUGUCCUACCAAACACGUACAGAACCUCUGUCCUACCAAACACAUACAGAACCUCUGUCCUACCAAACACAUACAGAACCUCUGUCCUACCAAACACAUACAGAACCUCUGUCCUACCAAACACGUACAGAACCUCUGUCCUACCAAACACAUACAGAACCUCUGUCCUACCAAACACAUACAGAACCUCUGUCCUACCAACACAUACAGAACCUCUGUCCUACCAAACACAUACAGAACCUCUGUCCUACCAAACACGUACAGAACCUCUGUCAUACCAAACACGUACAGAACCUCUGUCCUACCAAACACAUACAGAACCUCUGUCCUACCAACACAUACAGAACCUCUGUCCUACCAAACACAUACAGAACCUCUGUCCUACCAAACACAUACAGAACCUCUGUCCUACCAAACACAUACAGAACCUCUGUCAUACCAACACAUACAGAACCUCUGUCCUACCAAACACAUACAGAACCUCUGUCCUACCAAACACGUACAGAACCUCUGUCCUACCAAACACGUACAGAACCUCUGUCCUACCAAACACGUACAGAACCUCUGUCCUACCAUACACAUACAGCACCUAUGUCCUACCAAACACAUACAGAACCUCUGGCCUAUUAAACACAUACAGAACCUCUGUCCUACCAAACACGUACAGAACCUCUGUCCUACCAACACAUACAGAACCUCUGGCCUAUUAAACACAUACAGAACCUCUGGCCUAUCCAAUACAUACAGAACCUCUGGCCUAUUCAAUACAUACAGAACCUUGGUUAUAACCGACCUGCUCCUCUGACCUACAUUAAUCUACAGGUGUUACACCUACGUAACACCAGUGUUAGGUUCACCAAUGUAUUUCCAAUGUUUGUUAUAAUGUGGUGAUUUGUGAAUAAACCACUUCAUUUCACUUGAACUACAACCGUGAAUAAAAGUAGCUAAACAUGA